AUGUCUCCGAAAGACAAGCCCGCACCAGCGCCAGCAUCAGCAACAGCACAGACAUCCAGAGAUGAGAUAACCGGCCAGAGCGCUCUACCUAUCACACGAAUAAAGAAAAUAAUCCAUCUCGAUGAGGAUAUCGUACAAUGCUCCGGCAAUGCUACGUUCGUUGUCGCAAAAGCUACAGAAAUGUUCAUCCAAUACCUCGCGCAACAGGGGCAUAACGUCGUUAAAUCUGAACGAAAACCGCGUAAGGUUAUUCAAUACAAAGAUCUAGCUACCGCCGUUUCACGAAUCGAUAAUCUGGAGUUCCUUGCCGACGUGAUACCCAAAACAACUACGUAUAAACAAUUCAAAGAGAAGAAAGCAAAAGAAGCCAGCAAAGACGCUGCGUUCGAGAAGGGACAGCGCACAUUGAACGGCACAAUACCGUCGAUGAUUAAAGAAAAUGGCGAGAGUGGUUACCAGAAAGCGGAUAAGCUUUCUAUAAGCCCUCGAGCUCCGUCUCUCAGUACGUUGAUGGUUGACCGCACCGUCGAGGCGCAACCAGGAGAAAACGACCGUGACGUCGAAAUGGUAGACCAGUGA